AUGGACAUGGAUCAGAAGCCGUUCGUUGAUUACGGUAGUUAUUGCUAUCCGACCGCGGCCACAACGCAAGAUUUCACCGCUAGAUCACAAGUUUCACCGUAUUUCUAUAAUUUCUCAACGAGUACCGCAUCGUCUAUGUAUUCACAACAACCGACACAUUUUAUGUAUCCGCAAGCAGCCGCUAGUUCACCGGAAGAUCAGAUGACGACGAAAAUUAUCGAAGGUGGUGAGGUGAAAAUCAAUGGGAAAGGGAAGAAAGUCAGGAAACCAAGGACAAUCUAUUCUAGUCAGCAAUUGCAGACACUUCAAAAACGGUUCACUAAAACACAGUACUUAGCGCUUCCGGAUCGGGCCUCCCUAGCUGCCGAACUUGGUUUAACGCAAACUCAGGUGAAAAUCUGGUUUCAAAACCGUCGUUCGAAACAGAAGAAAUCGAAAGGCAGCGUGGAACGAACGUCGGACGAAGAAGGUGAAUCCGAGGAUCGUGCGGAUUCCACACCACCCGAGGAGGGCACCUCCACCACGGCACCGCCGGAUUGGCAUCAUAUGACGGGUUUAGCGCCGUCAUCGUUACCGUCCGCCGGUCUACCGCCGACCGGGCUUGGUCCGUCCACGUUACCGCCUACCGUACUGCCACCACCAUCGCAACAAGCGUCGGUGCCGCCAAGCGGCUUAAUGCCACCGCCUUUGAACACCCCGCUUUCCACUUAUGAUCCCGUCAAGUACUCUUCGGAUGAGUUAAAACCGUUUUAUGAUCAGACCGCUUAUUACCAGCCGUAUAUUCUACCGCACUCAGGGUACAAUGGUUACUAG